AUGACUUCUCGCCAAGUUGCCCAGUAUGGGACGUUCAAAAGUCCCAUUGAGCCGGAGAACUUUGCAGCACCAGGUUCCGUAGUAUUGACCCAGCUAUGUGUCAAUCGUGACAGUGGCAAGAUUUAUCUCCUUGAGAUACGACCAGAUGAGGGAGGACGAGGCGUCAUCGUCGAGCACUACAAUGGACAGAGCCGGGAUAUUCUACCCAAGCAAUACAACUGUUUGUCCCAGGUCCAUGAGUAUGGUGGUGCCUCUUUUGCCUUCAAUGAGUCGACAGGACACAUUAUUUUCACGGAUUGGGAGACCAAGGGUGUUUUUGGCCUCGACCCUGAAACGGGCGAAACUAUCCCUAUCGUGACAGCGGAUCCCAAGGUCUACUACGCCGACUUUGCCAUCCACCCUCACCAUUCUCAAUUCACCGUGGCCAUCAAGGAAGACCAUCAUGCGCCUAAGAUUGCAGACAUACAAAACUCUCUUGUGGUGAUUGACUCGUCCACAAACGAGGUUCGGCCUCUAGCCACCGGCGCCGACUUCUACACUUAUCCAAGAUUCAGCCCUGACGGGACCAAGAUGUGUUGGGUCCAGUGGAAUCACCCCAACAUGCCAUGGGGUUAUACGGAGCUCUGGCUUGCUGACUGGGACCAUGGCGCGGCCAAGAACCCUAAAUGCAUUGCUGGCCAGCAGACCAAGGCCAGCAUAACCCAGCCACGCUGGGGCGAUGAUGGGGUGUUGUACUUUGUCUCGGACCAGACCGACUACUGGCAGAUAUAUUCAUUCUCCGGUGGUGAAGUACAACAACUCGUAUUGGCGGGUUUAGAGGACGCCGAAUUCGGAUUUGCAGAUUGGUUUCUCGGAGGCUCUUCCUACUGUCUCUUGGACCCUUCCACUAUGGUGGCCGUCUUCAACUAUCAAGGCCGCUGCACCACCAUUCUCGCAGAUACCCGAACACUCGAGUGGCGGGAUCUCAGCUGCCCAAUUGUCGAGAUAACGAUCGAUGCCAUUAAGCCAGUGUCGGACACAUCGUUCGCCAUAAUAGGCGCCACUACCACUCUCCCAAUGCUGGCUACGGUCAUUGAUAUCAAUGAACAAGGACUUGGAACAGUCCUGCAAAAGUCCACCACAACAUCCCUUCCAGAAGACUAUGUCUCCCUUCCACAGCCUAUUACGUUUCCACGAGUCCACGGUCCUGGCGGAGGUGAUGCAUAUGGUCUCUUUUAUCUGCCGAAGAAUCCACAAUUCGAGGCCCCAGCCGGCACCCUUCCACCCCUCAUUGUUGCUAUCCACGGAGGUCCGACAUUCCAAGAAGGGCCGGGCUUCGCACUUCGCGACCAGGCACUUACGACCAGGGGCUAUGCGCUGGUACAAGUUAAUUAUGUCGGAAGCACUGGCUAUGGGCGUCCGUAUCGCAACCUCCUUAAUGGCCAAUGGGGAGUUAGCGACAUUGCUGAUGCUGUCUCUGCCGUUGACUUUCUUGCCCAACAAGGGCUCAUUGACAAAUCCCGGGUUGGUAUUACGGGCCACUCUGCGGGCGGCUAUGCAACGAUGCAAGCUCUGGCCAAAUACCCUUCGGUAUGGGCUUGCGGAGUCGCUGAAAGUGGGAUAUCGGAUAUGAAGCUGCUUGUCGAGGAGACGCACAAAUUCGAAUCCCAAUAUCUCUCGCCGCUAUGCUAUGCUCCUGGUGCCUCGGUCGCGGAGCAAGAAGCUAUUCUGAAAGAUCGAAGUCCAUUGACCCACGCUUCAAACAUUAGGAGUCCGCUGCUGAUUAUUAGUGGAGCGGAUGAUGCCAUUGUGCCACCAAACCAAGCGUACAACCUGGCGAAGAUAGUCAAGGAGGCAGGCACGGCGGUGGAUAUCAAGGUCUACGACGGCGAAGGGCAUAUAUUCAAUAAAGGAAGCACCCUGAGUGACAUCGAGCGGAGGCGGUAUGAGUGGUUCGAGAAAUACCUAGCAAGGGCCACUCCGUCAUAG